GCUUCCUGGGGACCAGACGACGAUGGACGGACUGUAGAUGGCCCGGCAAAGCUUACGAGAGCAGCUUUUGAAAGAGGAAUCCGAGAAGGACGUCGAGGCAAAGGAUCAGUAUUCGUGUGGGCUUCCGGAAAUGGUGGAAAAGAUGCGGAUUCGUGUAAUUGCGAUGGAUACACAAAUAGCAUCUACACCUUGUCAAUAUCGGCUGCUACCGAAAAUGGGAAUAUUCCAUGGUAUUCCGAAGCAUGUAGCAGUACAUUGGCUAGUACAUAUUCAAGCGGAGCCACCGGAGAGAAAAUGAUUGUCACCACCGAUUUGCACCAUGCCUGCACCAAUACGCAUACUGGCACAUCAGCCAGUGCACCAUUGGCAGCUGGCAUUGUUGCGCUUACGCUUGAAGCAAAUCCGGAUCUCACUUGGAGAGAUUUACAGCAUAUCGUAAUCCGAGCUGCCAAACCCAUAAACCUUCGUGCUGGUGAUUGGAUAACCAACGGUGUGGGACGAAAUGUAUCGCACUCAUUCGGUUACGGUCUAAUGGACGCUGGAGCAAUGGUACAACUGGCUAGAAACUGGACAACUGCUCCUGAACAACAUAAAUGUCGGCAGUUUUAUCCGAGUAGAUUCAAGACCAUACCGCACGGUAACCGACUUCAACUGCAGUUGUACACAGACGGUUGUGCUGGAUCUCCAGAUGAGCAGGUCGUCUAUCUAGAGCAUGUACAAGCUAUAAUAACGCUAAAAGCGCCAAAAAGAGGCGAUAUACAGAUCUACCUCACCAGCCCGUCGGGUACACGAUCUACGCUUUUGACGAAACGAGCACGAGACACAAGUCGAGCCGGAUUCAUCGAAUGGGCCUUCAUGACCACCCAUAGUUGGGGCGAACUUGCUGCCGGUCUGUGGACCCUCGAAGUCGAUAACGAUGGAUGGGAUGACGCGGAACUCGUCAAAUGGGACUUGGUAAUGUUUGGCACAGUGGACGAGACAACCCAAUACGGUGGCGGGCAUAACUCGGCCCUAACAGCUCGGUCCUUGGCCCACAUCGAGGAAGUGCGCAAAACUGCCCCCUGGUCUUCGCUCAGGCAGCUUUUGGCCUCGUUAUCGUUGCCGAUAUUAGUUCUUCUUCUUCGAUUAUGAUG